AUGGCAGAUCUACAAUCUCCCCCAUCACAUCCACCUCCUCCACCGCCACCAACGCCACCGCGCUCCACCACGGAUCUCUUCGGUGACCCGAUCGAUUCCCAUCCCUUAUGGUUCAAGCAGUCCUCAUUCCUCGAUCCAAACUUCGACUCUAACGCCUACAUCUCCGACCUCCGAACGUUUGUCCCAUUCGAAACCCUCCGAUCCGAGCUUAACUCCCACCUUUCUUCCCUCAAGCACGAGUUAAUCGAGCUCAUCAAUCGCGACUACGCCGACUUCGUCAAUUUGAGCACCAAGCUCGUGGAUGUCGAUUCGGCCAUUGUUCGGAUGCGGGCCCCAUUGAAUGAGAUCAGAGAAAAGAUCUUGGUGUUCCGUGGGACAGUGGAGGGAUCUUUAAUGGCGUUGCAGAGUGGGUUGAAACAAAGGGCGGAGGCUUCGGCCGCGAGGGAGGUGUUGGAGCUUUUGCUCGAUACCUUUCAUGUUGUGUCAAAGGUUGAGAAACUGAUAACAGAGCUGCCUAGUUUGCCUGCCGAUUGGUCCAAUGGAGAUGUGAAUUAUACAGAAAAUGGUCAUUUAAGCAAUGGUAUCUCCUUACAACAUGCUGAAAAUGGAACAAGUCUCAGGGAGACUCAAAGCAUGCUUUUGGAGAGAAUUGCCACCGAAAUGAACAGGCUCAACUUCUACAUUUCCCAUGCGCAGAAUCUGCCCUUCAUUGGGAACAUGGAGAAGAGGAUACAGAGUGCUAGUGCAUUGUUGCACACAAGCUUGGGAUGCUGUUUUGUAGAUGGCCUGGAACAUCGGGAUUCAAUUGCAAUAUACAAUUGCUUACGUGCAUAUGCAGCGAUUGAUAAUACCAAGAGCGCUGAAGAAAUUUUUCGUACAAAUGUUGUGGCACCGUUGAUACAGAAAAUUAUUCCAAACAAUUCAUUGGGGGUCACUGGUGGGGCAUCUGGAGAUGCACUUGAGGAGGAUUAUAAACAAGUCAAGCAAUUUGUUGAAAAAGAUUGUAAAUUUUUGUUGGAAAUUUCUUCUACAGAAAAUUCAGGUUUGCAUGUAUUUUGCUUCCUGGCUAACUCAAUCCUUAAAGAGGUUCUCUCGGCAAUCCAAAGGGAAAAACCAGGGGCCUUUUCUCCUGGAAGACCUACAGAGUUUCUAAAAAAUUAUAUAUCAAGCCUGGAUUUCUUGACUCAUUUAGAAGGUUACUGCCCAUCCAGAUCUGCGGUUGUGAAAUUUCGAGCGGAGGCAGUCUAUAUUGAUUUUAUGAAGCAGUGGAAUGUUGGGGUCUAUUUCUCAUUGAGCCUCAGGUUUCAGGAGAUUGCCAGGGCUUUGGAUUCUGCACUUGUGGUUGCUAGUCUUAUGCCAGUUCAGAACUCAAAUUCUUACCAACAAAAUUCUCAACAUUUAAAGUUAAAGCAAAGUGUCUCUCUUUUAGAGUGCUUGAGAUCCUGCUGGAGAGAGGAUGUUCUUGUUCUUUCUUGCUCUGACAAGUUUCUUCGCUUAUCUUUGCAGCUCCUUUCUAGAUACUCAAAUUGGUUGUCAGCUGGACUGGCUGCUCGUAAACUGGUGAUUCAUGAUUUAGAUUGUCUGGUGAUGGAGAUUUGUGGUGAUUACCUGGGACAAGUACUUGAGCUUCUCAAGUCAUGCUCUGCCGAAAUACUUGAUCUUGUAAAACAGAGCAUUUUACAGGGUGGAAAAUCUUUAAAGGAGCUUGUACCUCAAGUGAUGAACUCAAUAGUAGAAACACUAGUUGAGAAGUCUGUGGAGGACUUGAGACAACUGAAAGGAAUAACUGCAACGUACAGGAUGACUAAUAAACCUCUCCCUAUCAGACAUUCACCAUACGUCACAGGAGUGUUACGACCUUUGAAGGUAUGCAUUCUUCUUCCAAUUAUAGGAUAUAUUGCAUCAGUCUUCCUCUUGUUUUGAGUACAGUACUACUACUACGACUGCUACUAGUAGUAGUUGUAGUAGUAGAAGAAGAAAUACUGUUUUAGCAGUAGUGCAGGAUCUGGAGUGAUAACAAGGUGUCUGUACUGGAAGGUGCAGCUGUAUCACCUCCUUUUCCGAGGGGGAGUUACUGCUUGUUGGUUAUAUUGGUUCGACACUGCUUCAUGCAAAAAGGUGGAUGCUCUAUAUAAGUUUAACAUGGAGAUAAUGCUCUAUAUAAGUUUAACUUGGAGAUGAGAGUCUUAUUUUGUUUGUUGGUGAUAAAGUGACCAAACGCAUGAGCUUAUUAUCAUAGACCAGGAAAAGUUGAUAGGAUCCCCUUUUUCAUGUACUCAUGUCCCCUGGAUGGCAACAUGGGACGGGAAAAGGAAAAAGGGGGGGUGGGGUUUCUCUUGCUUUUGGCAUAACAGGCCUCCAAUGAGACAUGCUGGUACAAUGGGCUGUUAGCUCCGUGGUAGAGUACACCCCC